GGGAUCUUCUGCAGGUAGGCCGCCGGGAUGUAUCCGGUCUCCCCUGAGCUGCAGCGGGUCGCCAGCCACCAGUGCGCGCUGCUGCGCUCCAGGAUCAGGAACGCUUCUCCGGCGGGGAAAUGCAGCGCGUUCUGCUCCGCAGAGCUGAAGGAGAACAGAGAGUGGUACAUCACCGACGCGGAGCUCACAGCACCGGCUACCGUCACACCGAGCAGACCGACCGAACAGCGCAGGAGCGCAGAGCCACCGGAAACAGCUGAUUCACCAGAGUCACGUGACCUGCCGGAGCUCAAACACACACACCCGAGGGACAGUGCUGUGUGCGCGUGUAUUAACAGACGUGAGUGCGGCGGAAGUGGAAACCGGGGGUGCGUCGCACUAACCCGUCCGUGUGCGCUGAUCAGCAUGGCGGCGGUACGGCAUCUGUGCCAGCGGACAGCGAUCAGACUGCGGCUCACCUGCAGCCCACAGAGCCGAGUGUGUGUGGUGCGCGGACACAGACUCGGCCCUUUUGAUGACGAGCAGUACCGGAAGACCUCCGUGUCCAUCAUGCAGAAGGAAGCUUCAGCCGGAACCGUCAUCUACAGCUACAGCCCUCGAGGAUUCAACAUCAACGGAAACACAGUGUUUGGGCCGUGUGCUGUCCUGCCGCCCGCCAUCCUGCAGUGGAACGUGGGCAGUCACUCAGAUAUCUCGGUGGAGAGUCUGUCUCUGUUUUACCUGCUGGAGCCGCAGAUCGAGGUGCUGGUGUUGGGCACCGGGGCCCGCACAGAGCGACUGCAUGCAGAAGUGCUGGAGGAGCUGAAGAAGAGAGGCAUCGCUGUGGAGGUUCAAGACACGCCCAACGCCUGUGCAACUUUCAACUUCCUGUCCAGCGAGAAGCGUCUGGCGGCGGCUGCUCUGAUCCCGCCCCCGGCUGGCAGCAGGUGAAGCAGAGCAUCAUGGGAGAUGAAGUCACCUCACGCUUGUGUGUGUGUGUGUGUGUGUGUGUGUGUGUGUGUAUGUGUGUGUGUGUGUGUGUGUGUGUGUGUGUGUGUGUAGAGGGAAUAAACAGAUUGUGUGUGUGUGCGCUAAUCUGUUAAUCCGUCUCUCUGUCCUCUGUGAUAGUGGGUUAAUCUGAGCUCAUGUCUGAACACACACACACACACACACACACACAGAGGAUCAGAUUGACUGGAGCUGCUGAUCUGUUUAUAUGAUGCCGUGUCCGUCUGUACGCUCCUCAUCACACACAGCAGACAGACGUGUGUUCAGAUGUGCUGUAGAACAGGAUGUGUGAUCAAUAAAUGAUGACAGGUCUCCCCG